AUGUUUCGGUGUAUUACCUUUAUUGGACUGACUUUACUGAUUGGUGGAUCAAUACCAACAGAAACCUCUACAUCUGAAACAACAUCUCCCUCACCAUCCACUGAAUCAACAUCUGAAUCAGAAACACCAACAUCUACACUAAAGCCAAUAACACCUGCUCAAACGUCUACAUCAGCAACAACAGCAUCUACAUCUGACGCACCAGAAACAUCUACAACAUCUGACACACCAGAAACAUCUACAGUUCCAACAGCAUCUACAUCUGACUCACCAACCACUGAAUCAACAUCUGAAUCUAAAACACCGAUAUCUACAUCUGAAACAACAACAUCUACAUCUCACUCACCAACCACUGAGUCAACAUCUACCUUGACAACAGAAACAUCUACAUCAGCAACAACAGCAUCUACAGCUGACUCACCCACCAUUGAAUCAACAUCUGAAUCAACAACACCACCAUCUACACCUCAAUUAACAACACCUUUUCCAAAUUCAACAUCUGAAUCAACUACAACAACUGAACCAACAUAUACAUCAACUACAGAAACAUCUACAAUUCCAUCAACAACCGCAACAACCUUUGCACCAACUUCUACAUUUCACUCACCAACCACUGGAUCAACAUCUACGUUGACUACAGAAACAUCUAUAUCAGCUACAACAGCAUCUACAUCUGACGCGCCAACCACUGAAUCAACAUCUGAAUCAACAGCACCACUAUCUACAAGUCAAUCAACAACACCUGCUCAAACAUCAACAUCUGACUCACCUACAGAAACAUCUACAGUUCGAUCAACAACAACAACAACCUUUGCACCAACAUCCACGUCAGGUACAACAACAUCUACAUCUCACUCACCAACCACUGAAUCAACAUCUGAACCAACAACACCGCCAUCUACACCUCAAUCAACAACACCUGCUCAAACAUCAACAUCUGACUCAAUAACAACCACUGAACCAACAUCUACAUCAACUACAGAAACAUCUACAGUUCCAGCAACAACAGCAACAACAUUUGCACCAACAUUUACAUCAGCUACAACAUCUACAUCUCACUCACCAACCACUGAAUCAACAUCUGAAUCAAUAACUCUAACAUCUUUACCUCAAUCCACAACAUUUGCUCAAACAUCUACAUCUGAAUCAAGAACAACCACUGAACCAACAUCUACAUCAGCUACAACAGCAUCUACAUCUGACUCACCCACCACUCAAUCAACAUCUGAAACAUUUGAAUCAGCAACACCAACAUCUACACCUCAAUCAACACUACUUUCUCAAACACCUACAUCUGAAUCAACAAACACUGAACCAACAUCUACAUCAACUACAGAGGCAUCUACAGUACUAUCAACAGCAGCAACAACAUUUGCACCAACAUCUAAAUCUGCUACAACAACAUCUACAUCUCACUCAACAACCACUGAAUCAACAUCUGAAUCAACAACAACCACUGAACCAACAUCUACAUCAACUACAGUAACAUCUACAGUUCCAUCAACAACAGCAACAACCUUUGCACAAACAUCUACAUCAGCUACAACAGCAUCUGCAUCUCACUCACCAACCACUGAAUCAACAACACCAGAAUUUUCACCUCAGUCAACAACACCUGCUCUAACAUCUACAUCAGCCACAACAGCAUCUACAUCUCAGUCACCAACCACUGAAUCAACAUCUGAAUCAACAACUCUAACAUCUACACCUCAAUCAACAACAACUGCUAAGACAUCUACAUCUGCUUCAACAACCACAGAAUCAGCAUCUACAUCGACUACAGAAACAUCUACAUCUGAAACAACAUUUACAUCUGACUCACCAACCACUGAAUCAACAUCUGAAUUAACAUCUCUAACAUAUACACCUCAAUCAACAAUACCUGCUCCGACAACAACAUCUGAAUUAAGAACAACCAUUGAAACAACAUCUACAUCAACUACAGAAACAUCUACAUUUCCAUCAACAACAGCAACAUCCUUUGCACCAACAUCUACAUCAGCUAAAACAACAUCUACAUCAACUACAGAAAAAUCUACAUCAGCUAUAACAACAUCUACAUCUCACUCACCUACCAUUAAAUCAACAUCUGAAUCAGCAACUCUAACAUCUACACCUCAACCAACAACAUCUGCUCAAAUAUCUACAUCUGAAUCAACAAUCACUGAACCAACAUCUACAUCAACUAAGGAAACAUCUACAUCUGAAACAAAAACAUCUACAUCUCACUCACCAACCACUGAAUCAACAUCUGAAUCAGCAAGACCAACAUCUACACCUCAACCAAUAACAUCUGCUCAAACAUCUACACCAGCCACAACAGCAUCUACACCUCACUCACCAACCAUCAAAUCAACAUCUGAAUCAACAAUUAUAACAUCUACACCUCAAUCAACAACACCUGCUCAACCUUCUACAUCUCACUCACCUACCACUGAAUCAACAUCUGAAUCAACUACAGGAAUAUCUACAGUUCCAUCAACAACAGCAACAACCUUUGCACCAACACCUACAUCAGCUAAAACAACAUCUGCAUCUCACUCACCCACCACUGAAUCAACAUCUACAUCAACUACAGAAACAUCUACAGUUCCACCAACAACAUCAACAACCAUUACACCAACACCUACAUCAACUACAGGAACAUCUGCAUCUCACUCACCCACCUUUGAAUCAACAUCUGCAUCAACUACAGGAACAUCUACAGUUCCAUCAACAACAGCAACAACCCCUGCACCAACAUUUACAUCAGCUACAACAGCAUCUUCAUCUCUCUCAGCCACAACUGAAUCAACAUCUACAUCAACUACAGGACCAUCUUCAGUUCCAUCAAGAACAGCAACAACCCCUGCAACAACUUCUACAUCAACGACAGGAACAUCUACAGUUCAGUCAACAACAGCAAAAACCCCUGCACCAACAUCUACAUCAACGACAGGAACAUCUACAGUUCAAUCAACAUCAGCAACAAUAUUUGCAACAACACCUAAAUCAGCUACAACAACAUCUGCCUCUCACUCACCCACCACUGAAUCAACAUCUACAUCAAAUACAGGAACAUCUAAAGUUCCAUCAACAACAGUAACAACCGUUGCACCAACACCUACAUCAGCUACAACAACAUCUGCAUCUCACUCACCCACCACUAAAUCAACAUCUAAAUCAACUACAGCAAAAUCAACAGUUCCAUCAACAACAGCAACAACCCCUGCACAAACAUCUACAUCAACGACAGGAACAUCUGCAUCUCACUUAGCCACCACUGAAUCAACAUCUACAUCAACUAUAGGAACAUCUUCAGUUCCAUCAACAACAGCAACAACCCCUGCAUUAACAUCCACGUCAACUACAGGGACAUCUACAGUUACAUCAACAUCAGCAACUGUCCCUGCACUAACAUCUAAAUCAACUACAGGAAUAUCUACAUUUCCAUCAACAACAGCAACACCCUUUGCACCAACCCCUACAUCAGCUACAACAACAUCUGCAUCUCACUCACCCACCACUGAAUCAACAUCUUCAUCAACUACAGGAACAUCAACAACAGCAACAACCCUUGAUUCAACAUUUAAAUCGGCUGCAGGAACAUCUACAAUUCCAUCAACAACAGCAACAGCAACCACCCAAGCAGCAACAUCAAAAUCAACUACAGGAACAUCUUCAGUUCCAUCAACAACAACAACGACCCUUGCACUAACAUCUAAAUCAACUACAGGAACAUUUACAGUUACAUCAACAACAGCAAUGACCCCUACACCAACAUCUACAUCGGCUACAACAACAUCUGCAUCUCAUUCACCCACCAAUGUAUCAACAUCUACAUCAACUACAGGAACCUCUACAGUUCCGUCAACAAAAGCAACAACCCCUCCACUAACAUCUACAUCAACUACAGGAACAUCUACAGUUACAUCAACAACAGCAACUGCCCCUGCACUAACAUCUAAAUCUACUACAGGAACAUCUACAUUUCCAUCAACAACAGCAAUACCCUUUGCACCAACACCUACAUCAGCUACAACAACAUCUGCAUCUCACUCACCCACCACUGAAUCAACAUCUAAAUCAGCUACAGGAACAUCUACAGUUCCAUCAACAACAGCAACAGCAACGACCCCAGCAGCAACAUCUAAAUCAACUACAGGAACAUUUACAGUUCCAUCAACAACAGCAAUGACCCCUACACCAACAUCUACAUCGGCUACAACAACAUCUGCAUCUCACUCACCCACCAAUGAACCAACAUCUACAUCAACUACAGGAACAUCUACCGUUCCAUCAACAACAGCAAAAACUCCUGCACUAACAUCUACAUCAACUACAGGAACAUCUACAGUUCCAUCAACAACAGCAACAACCCCUGCAGUAAUAUCUAAAUCAACUACAGGAACAUCUACACUUCCAUCAACAACAGCACCAACCCCUGCACCAACAUCUAAUUCAACUACAGGAACAUCUUCAGUUACAUCAACAACAGCAAUGACCCCUCCAACAACAUCUAAAUCAACUACAGGAACAUCUAUAGUUCCAUCAACGACAGCAACAACCCCUGCACCAACAUCCAAAUCAACUACAGGAACAUCUACAGUUCCAUCAACAACAGCAACGACCCCUGCACCAUCUUCAGUUCCAUCAACAACAGCAACGAGCCCUCAAACAACAUCUAAAUCAACUACAGGAACAUCUAUAGUUCCAUCAACAACAGCAACAACCCCUGCACUAACAUCUACCACAUCAACCUAUACAGCUCAAACAAGAACUACACCAGGAUCUUCAUCAACUGCAUCAACAUCUGUGAACCAAAGCACUACAUCAACGGCAUCAAUUGUGCUAUUAUCUACAUCUAUGCAAACAACAUUUGCUAUUCAGUCAACUGCAAAAACACCUACAGCUCAGUCAACAACAACUGCAACUUUGAUAUCAACUGUGCCAACAUCUACCAUUCAGUCAUCAAAAACCUCUUCAUCAGCAUCUUCGUCCACUGUCAAUCAAACAACUUCAUCAACUGCACCAACUGUACUACUGUCUACUUAUACGCAACCGUCAUCUACCGGUCAAUCAGCUGCAACAACACCUACAAAUCAAUCAACGACUGUAACAUCGACAUCAAAUGCACCAACAUCUACCACUCAGUCGACAAAAAGUGAUACAUUAUCAACACCAACUGCGCUAACAUCUACAUCAGCUGCACCUAAAUCUUCCCCUCUAUCAUCAACAACAAGUGCACCAUCAUCUUCAUCGACUGUGACUCUAAGUACUGCAUCAAAUAUGCUAUUAUCUACAUUUGCACAGCCAACAUCUUCCAGUCAAUCAACUGCAACAACACCUACUACACAAACUGCAACUUCGAGAUCAACUGAAUCAACAUUGAUAUCAACUGCAUUAACAUCUACUCGAACACCAACACCUACUUCUCAAAUGACAACUCAAGUUAUAUCUACAACUCAACCAGCAAGCCAGUCAACAUCUUCAUAUCCAGAUGUUGUCCCACAAAAUAUGACAUCAUUUGCAUAUGCAACUUUCAAAUUGAGAUCCUCUGUUGAGCUUAGCAAUGAUGAAAUCAUUACUUAUAUUGAAAAGUUUGUCAAGCACUUACAAGCAAACGGGACCAUAAAGAUUACUCUGAAGAAAUCAAGAAAAUUGUUGGCCUAAGGAUGUGAUGGAAAACUUCCCAGAAAUAACAGCAUGCCGAAGCACUAACAAAUUAUAAUCAAAUGCAUUUGUGUAAAGAAAAAAAAAGUAAUUAUAAUAACUACCUAUCCAAAUUAUUAUUUUUAUAUUUGUCAUGCAAUGAUAAAAUCUGAUGCUGUU